AUGUUCGGUUUCGGUGAUCACUACGAAGAAGUUAACUCUGGUAACCAUGAGGGUAAGUUCUCUCAUGAAAUGGUAGCGGGUGCUGCUUCAUUCGGUGCUAUGAAGAUUUUUGAAGAUAGACAAAGAUCUGAAGGUAAGCCAGUUUCCCAUGCCUUUGCUAAGGAAUUGCUUGCUGGUUUUGUUGGUGGUGAAGUUGACAAGUUGGUUGAAACUAAGGGUUUGGACUACAUGGACUCCAGAAAGCUUAAAGAACAAGCUGUUGACAAUGCCUACAGACAAUACGAUGCUAACUACGGUGACAGAGACCAAUGGCACCCAGAUUAUGAACCUAAGUUCAACUACCAAGAUGAUAGAUACAACAGAUACUAA